AUGGCUAACGACUUUCCCAUGGAACAUUCGAUUCAACUGAUCUUCCAAUCCUGGAUACAUGCAACAAAAGUUCUUGUCGAUAGUGGAUGCUCCGCGCACCUGCUCAAGGUACUGUCUAAAGUUUGUGCCGGUCAGGUCGAUCCAUCUUGCGUUGAUGGCAUCGAAACCCAUCUCCUUGCAACCUCCACUGAUCAGCCAUCAAUAAAUGCAAACGAGCUUGUCGGUUUGACUGAUAUUUCCUCAAAAACAUCCGCAACUGAUUAUUUGAGCUCACCAUUCACAAAAGGCACGGCAGCUUGAAAAACCGGCAGAGGGAUAUAUGGCUAAGGUGAUCGGGAAGGCUCCAUACCAAGACAUUGCCAGGUUAGGUAACGUGCGACCUAAGCUGAUAAAGAAAGAGCCUUUUGAGAGGACUAAGGUAAUCGAUACAGCCUUAGCACAGGAUAUAAACAUGCUUCCGAUUUCAACUCAUGCUCUAGCUAAGCAAAUAAGUACCGAGGUUGAAGGCUUGAAGGAACAGAUGAAUGACAUGCGCACAUAUAUGCUGCAAUUGUUAACGGGGAUGAUGGCAAGGCCUGCUACUUGA